CAUGGAGGCGGAGCAGAGGCCGACGACUAGGGCCAGCGAUGGGGCGACCCCUGGGCUGGAGAGGGCGCCUCCUGCUGCCCCGGCGUCUACAACCACGGCCUCGGAUCCGAUCCCUGGGUCCAGGCCCGGGACCGGGCCUGAGCCCAAGAGGAGGCAGCUCGGGACGCUGCUCCAGCCCACGGUCAACAAGUUCUCCCUUCGCGUGUUCGGCAGCCACAAAGCAGUGGAAAUCGAGCAGGAGCGGGUCAAGUCAGCGGGGGCCUGGAUCAUCCACCCCUACAGCGACUUCCGGUUUUACUGGGACCUGAUCAUGCUCCUGCUGAUGGUGGGGAACCUCAUUGUGCUACCUGUGGGCAUCACCUUCUUCAAGGAGGAGAACUCCCCACCUUGGAUCGUCUUCAACGUCCUCUCUGACACUUUCUUCCUGAUGGAUCUGGUGCUCAACUUCCGCACAGGCAUUGUGGUAGAGGAGGGUGCUGAGAUCCUGCUGGCACCGCGGGCCAUCCGCACACGCUACCUGCGCACCUGGUUCCUGGUUGAUCUUAUCUCCUCUAUUCCUGUGGAUUACAUUUUCCUGGUGGUGGAGCUGGAGCCCCGACUGGACACCGAGGUCUACAAAACAGCUCGGGCCCUGCGCAUCGUGCGUUUCACCAAGAUCCUCAGCCUGCUGCGGCUGCUCCGCCUUUCCCGCCUCAUCCGCUACAUACACCAGUGGGAGGAGAUCUUUCACAUGACCUAUGACCUGGCCAGUGCUGUGGUUCGCAUCUUCAACCUCAUCGGAAUGAUGCUGCUGCUAUGUCACUGGGAUGGCUGUCUGCAGUUCCUGGUCCCCAUGCUGCAGGACUUCCCUCCCGACUGCUGGGUCUCCAUCAACCAUAUGGUGAACUACUCGUGGGGCCGCCAGUAUUCCCACGCCCUGUUCAAGGCCAUGAGCCACAUGCUCUGCAUUGGCUACGGGCAGCAGGCACCUGUGGGCAUGCCCGACGUCUGGCUCACCAUGCUCAGCAUGAUCGUGGGUGCCACGUGCUACGCCAUGUUCAUCGGCCACGCCACUGCCCUCAUCCAGUCCCUGGACUCUUCUCGGCGUCAGUACCAGGAGAAGUACAAGCAGGUGGAGCAGUAUAUGUCCUUCCACAAGCUGCCAGCUGACACACGGCAGCGCAUCCAUGAGUACUAUGAGCACCGCUACCAGGGCAAGAUGUUUGACGAGGAAAGCAUCCUAGGAGAGCUGAGCGAACCACUUCGGGAGGAGAUCAUUAACUUCACCUGCCGGGGCCUCGUGGCCCACAUGCCACUGUUCGCCCACGCCGACCCCAGCUUCGUCACGGCCGUGCUCACCAAGCUACGCUUUGAGGUCUUCCAGCCGGGGGACCUCGUGGUGCGUGAGGGCUCCGUGGGCAGGAAGAUGUACUUCAUCCAGCAUGGGCUGCUCAGUGUGCUGGCACGUGGCGCCCGGGACACCCGCCUCACUGAUGGAUCAUACUUUGGGGAAAUCUGUCUGCUGACUCGGGGCCGACGCACAGCCAGUGUGCGUGCUGACACCUACUGCCGCCUCUACUCGCUCAGCGUGGACCAUUUCAACGCCGUGCUCGAGGAGUUCCCCAUGAUGCGCCGGGCCUUCGAGACAGUGGCCAUGGAUCGGCUGCGCCGCAUUGGCAAGAAGAAUUCCAUACUGCAGCGGAAGCGCUCUGAGCCAAGUCCAGGCAGCAGUGGGGGCAUCAUGGAGCAGCACUUGGUGCAACACGACAGGGAUAUGGCUCGGGGUGUUCGGGGCCUGGCCCCAGGCACAGGAGCUCGGCUCAGCGGAAAGCCGGUGCUGUGGGAGCCACUAGUGCACGCACCCCUGCAAGCAGCCGCCGUGACCUCCAAUGUGGCCAUUGCCCUGACGCACCAGCGGGGCCCUCUCCCCCUCUCCCCUGACUCUCCAGUCACCCUCCUUGCUCGCUCUGCUCGAAGAUCAGCAGGAGCAGGCUCCCCAGCCUCCCCACUUGUCCCUGUCCGAGCCGGCCCUCUGCUGGCCCGGGGACCCUGGGCAUCCACUUCCCGCCUGCCGGCCCCACCUGCCCGAACCCUCCAUGCCAGCCUAUCCCGGGCUGGGCGCUCCCAGGUGUCACUGCUGGGGCCUCCCCCAGGAGGAGGUGGACGGCGACUAGGACCUCGGGGCCGCCCACUCUCAGCCUCCCAGCCCUCUCUGCCUCAGCGGGCAGCAGGUGAUGGCUCUCCUGGGUGUAAGGGCUCAGGAGGUGAACGCCUGCCCCCCUCAGGGCUCCUGGCUAAGCCUCCAGGGACAGCCCAGCCCCCCAGGCCAUCAGUGCCUGAGCCAGCCACUCCCCGGGGCCCCCAACUCUCUUCCAACAUGUGAAACCUUUGGGUAAGCUCUUGGGUGCCGUAGCAUGUGCCAGAGGGCAGACGCCUCUUGGGGACACCAAGGGGACCUGAAACACUGCUCUAUGGGAGUAUCUCCCCUUAGUACCAAGAAGAUGGUCUCUGUUCUCAGCUCAGGCGCCUUGCAACCUGACAUCCUCCUAAUCCAUUCACCCAUUCAUCAAAGAUACUUAGCGCCUACCAUGUUCAAGGCACUGUACCAGACGCUGUAUGUCUCCACUGCCAAGUAGAAGUGACUCCAAGCCCUCUGAUGAGGGUAUUCCCCUAGCCAUGGUCCUGCCAGGUGCGGGCCUGGGCCCAUGAUCCCAUCUUACUAAGCACAAGUACUUGCCAUCACCAUCACUGCCAAGUAACUAGAUGUCUCUGUUUUCCUGCCCAUGACCUUGCAGGUUCUGCCUGGCAUGGUUAUCUUCCUGUCUGCUAGCAUAGCUGGGCACUGCCAAUUACCUGUCCCCCCACUGCUGUCAACAAAUGUCUUGGGUCCCUGGUGUGGGCAUCCAGCUUUACUGCCAUGCGUGGACCCUCCCUGUCUAUACCCCCUGAGUGGGAACACACAUCUCCUGACAAGUUCCUUGCACUCUCUGUCUCUGUGAUAGAACUGCCUUUUUGUAAACUGGGAGCCACCUCCUCCCUAUGCCCCUGUCCCAGUGACGACCCCCUUGAAGCUAAGGGAUUGUUGACACCCCCUUUAUUUAGUGUGCCAGCGUAGAUUCCCCCCAGGUUGGGGGCAAGUGAAUCCUUAGAUGGAAUUUUUUCUUUCCUUACUCCCUUCCUUAUUUAUUCAAUCAUUUAAUAAUUGUAUUUAUUCACUCAUUUGCUAAUUUUAUUUAUUAUCAAUUCAUUUUAUUUAUCCAUCUCUCCCAUCCCCUCCUGGUAGGGAGACAGGAAUGGGCAGAGCCCCUCCAUGCCAGCUCUUGUGGUCCUUGCCCAACUCCCAUCAGUGGCAAUACUUGAGCCCUCUCCCUAACUAGGUAGGAGCAGGAAGGCCACCUGAGAGGGAGAGGCGGACUGUUCUUAUUUUUAGGUUUUUUUUCCUUUCUACUGAGUUUGCUGCUGGUGCAGGAGUAAGGGGAGGGCCCGAGGUAACCAAGCCUGGGGAAGGGCAGGCUAGCCAGUACCUCUGCCUUCUCAGGGACAAGAGAAGCCCCCUAUCCCACCCCUCUGUCCCCACACCUACUCUACAGCAUCAGAGAAUGAGGGGCCAGGACCCUAAAUCUCCUUUUCUCCUGGGUGGGCAGUUCUGGGGUUCUGGGUGUGUGGGAGAGGUUUUAUAUUGCUUCCAAACACCUGGGUUUAAAAAGAAAAUAGAGACACUUGUUUUGGCUCCUGGCUUGUGUGUGGGAACAAAGUGGGCAUUCUGGGGUACAGGAGGAGGUAGCAGGAUACCUGACCCAGCAAGGCAUGAGGUGGGUAUGAGAGCAGCCAGGGAGCGGCCUGCAAGCCUAGAGGUGGUAGAGACAGUGACGGGAUGAGCCUGCCUGGCUCUCGGGGCUCCCCGCCUUCCAUCUACCCUAGCUUCCCCAAAAGGGUGGUGCUUUGAUAUCACUGACAGUGACAAUGAAGAAAGAGGUGGCACUCUCCUCGGGGGAUGCCCAGAUUAUCAUGAGGGCCACAUAAGAGAACAUAAAACUGCAUGGAUGUGAAAUAUUUUUUAAAUAGAGAUUUUGUGGAGACUGUGGACAUGAUUGUCCUGUUCCACUCACCUCUGCCCCCAGGUAUGGGAAGACUAGGGGAAUAGAAUUAAUCAGUUAAACUGGAUUAAAGGCUCAGAGUAUUUUAGGGACCAGUUAAGAGUAUCAGAUGCAGGGAAUGUACCAUUGGUGCUGUUGGAUGGCCAGGGCUUAAUUGGAUACAGACUUUCAAGGCCUGUGCGAAAUGGAGAGGGGGAGGGGGCACCCUGGAUGGCAGAUGUGGCCUAGGGAAGGGAGGAUUGGGAGUAGAGAAGACUUAGAGGUGGGGCAGUAGGAGGGAGCAGAAAGGAGGGACGGGUCCAGAGCUGGCUCGGUCAGAG